AAAAAAAAAAACUAAGGUUAUGUGACAGUCCAAAAAAAAACAACUAAGGUUAUGUGACAGGCAUACGCAGUUUGUGUUUGGUCCUCUGGUUUAAAGUUUUAAGUGAAGCAGGAAAGCAGACGGAGAAGGUACCAGGCAACACUUUUGUGCCAACAUCACUUCCGAUUUUCUCUGGCCGCCGGCAAAAACCGUUUUUCUUCACGAAAAACUGUCGGAACAAUAACUUUGAGACAUGGUCCAAAUCAAGAAAGAGUCUGAUCCGUCCGAGCCUCGUCUGUACACUUUGACCAGAGCAGCGUCUGCAGCGGUCAGCCACCUCAUCUCCUUCACCUUCACUCUUCUCAUCGCACUUCUGUCCCGACCCGGUUCCAGUUGGUUUUCAUGGCAUCCUUUCCUGAUGACACUAGCCUUUGGGUUCUUCAUGACAGAAGCCAUCCUCCUCUUUUCGCCCCACGUCUCCCUCGUCAAAAAACUUCCACAUAAGCAGAAAGGGCGCGUUCACUGGAUCCUGCAGUGCCUCUGUGUGACCUGUGCAGUCUUGGGCCUAGCCGCCAUCUCUUACAACAAGCACCUGAAUGGGAAAGCCCACUUCACCUCGUGGCACGGUCUGCUGGGCUUGCUGACAGUGUGCGCGGCUGGUGCUCAGUCUUUGGCAGCCGUGCCUCUCAUUUACACUUCUCUGGCUAGAGGCUGGUCCCUCGCCAAAUUCAAACGCUACCAUGCAGCAUCGGGACUCAUCACGUACCUGCUUGGCAGUGCCAGCCUGCUCCUCGGACUCUGCUCUGCGUGGUUCACCGCAUCUGUCAAGGACUACAUCUGGUACCUGGCAGCGCUCUGCCCUGCUCUCAGUGCCCUCAUCGUAAUGAACCAAGUCUCCACUGCUUACCUUGCAAAAAAGCGGCUGCAGUCCUGACGGAGCUCUUGUUAUGGACAGUCUGAGGAAAAACUGUCACACUACCUCCAAAACUUAAAUUAUGUGCCACACCCUAUUGCACACUGCAACUGAAUUUAUUUUGUUGUAGCAUUCUGUUUUUGGGGUCUAAUCAUUCCAAGACCCACAGAUGGAUAAUGAAAUAUUUGUACUUUAAAUUAUUCUUUUUCACUUUCCAUAAUAAAACAGGACUGAAGCUUGCAUCGAGGAUCCGUAUUUUGUUCUUGAAAUUCUGUUGAGGUUGAAUUACACCUCAUGUCUGCAUGUUAGUUUACUAGUGAGACUAAACUGAUCACAGAAGUUAUUUUACAUGGUUGUUUGGGUCGGUGCGGCCCUGUGAGGGACUCUGGAUCUGUCCAGUUUUCUGUCGUCUCCACCUCUCUCGCAAUGACACCCGGUGCACGCUGUACACUCUUUUCACCACCCUAAACAGGGUGAACCAGGUAUAGAAAAUAGUUGGACUAUUCUCCUCUCUGAAAAACAAACUAAUCCCUUUUUAUCUCCCAAUGAACAUGUGUGGAAAUAAAUAAAUUAUACAUUUAAGUUUGGACUUGGAUUUAUAUAUUCAUGACCUCC